AUGGAGGAUGGCAAAGAAGAGCACCAGUUCGUUGUGGACGAUGUAAGUAAGAUAAUCAAGGAAGCGAUCGAGACGACGAUUGGAGGCAAUGCUUAUCAGCAUGACAAAGUCAACAACUGGACCGGAUCUGUUGUCGAGAACUGCCUUAGCGUGUUAACUAAGCUACAGAAGCCUUACAAGUACAUCGUAACGUGCAUGAUAAUGCAGAAAAAUGGCGCUGGGCUGCAUACGGCAAGUUCUUGCUACUGGAAUAACGAAACCGAUGGUUCUUGCACAGUGCGCUGGGAGAAUAAGACGAUGUACUGCAUCGUAUCGGUGUUCGGACUUUCGAUCUAA